UCUGCAAGCCAACAGAAACAGGCAGCUGGCGGAUGAAGGAUGGCGUUACAUGUGGAACACCAUGAACCAGCAAUCAGCGCCACAGCAGAUGCCACCACGGAAUGUGGCACCAAUGCCACCACGGAAUGUGACACCAAUGUCACCACGGAAUGUAACACCAAUGCCACCACGGAAUGUGGCACCAAUGCCACGGCAAAUGCCACCACGGGAUGUGACACCAAUGCUACAGCAAAUGCCACCACGGAAUGUGGCACCAAUGUUACGGCAAAUGCCACCACGGGAUGUGGCACCAAUGCCACAGCAAAUGCCACCACGGAAUGUGGCACCAAUGUUACGGCAAAUGCCACCACGGGAUGUGGCACCAAUGCCACGGCAAAUGCCACCACGGGAUGUGGCACCACUGCCACGGCAAAUGCCACCACGGGAUGUGGCACCACUGCCACGGCAAAUGCCACCACGGGAUGUGGCACCACUGCCACGGCAAAUGCCACCACGGGAUGUGGCACCACUGCCACGGCAGAUGCCAUCACGGGAAGUAGCACCAGUGCAACGGCAGAUGCCACCACAAGAAGUAGCACCAGUGCCACGGCAAGUGGCACCAGUACCACGGGAAGUGACACCAGUGCCACGGUUCCAACAGCAUUUGCCACCUUUGCCACCACUGAGACCCAUUCGCUGGGAGAGGCCUUUCGAACAGAUCAUGAUGUGGGAAAACAACAACUGGGCAUCGCCAGAACGCCCGGGAGGCCCCCCGGAGGUCGACCCAUUGAGUCUUCCGCCUUUGAGGCCUAUAAGACCCAAGAAGGCUAAACUUUAACUCUGAGAGUUCGUUUAGCAAAUAUUCGAUUGGAGGAGCACCUGUUCUUGUUGUCUCAGGAGGGGCUAAGAAGGUGACUUAAGAUAUUCUUCGUU